AUGGCCUCGGAGGCGGUGAAGGUGAUCGUGCGCUGCCGGCCCAUGAACGAGCGCGAGCAGGCGCUGGGCUGCAAGGCGGUGGUCAGCGUGGAGAGCGCGCGGGGCCGGUGCUUCCUGCAGAACCCCGCCGCCGCCGGCGAGCCCCCGAAGCAGUUCACCUUCGACGGGGCGUACUGCCAGGAGCACAGCACGGAGCAGAUUUACAACGAGAUUGCCUACCCGCUUGUGGAGGGUGUUACUGAAGGCUACAACGGCACCAUAUUUGCCUACGGCCAGACUGGCAGCGGGAAGUCAUUCACCAUGCAGGGAAUCCUGGAUCCUUCUACACAGAAAGGCAUAAUACCCAGGGCAUUUGAACACAUUUUUGAGAGUGUGCAGUGUGCUGAAAAUGCCAAGUUCUUGGUGAGAGCUUCCUACCUGGAGAUUUACAACGAAGACAUACGAGACCUUCUAGGAGCUGAUACCAAGCAGAAGUUGGAG